AUGGAGCGACAAACCGAUAUCGGCGUUGACGGGGGCGCUUCUGGCAAGGGCACACCGACGAGAGGUGUGAUUGCUGAUGCACAAAGGGGAAGCGCUUUAGCAGAAGCCAGCUCAAGCGAGAGCGAGCUGACGGUGAAGCACCCGGAGGAACACGACGACAAUGACGACGACGACAACGACGGCAGCAAAUUUGACCGUCGAUCAGGCGAAGGACGCAGGGAAAAAGGCGACAGGCAGAAAGAAGACGGAGGGGAAGAAGGGCCCUCAGCAUUUCUCCUCUCGUCGCUCCUCUCUUGGUCGGCUCUUCACAAUCGACAUCAUCCCUUUCGUCGCGACCUCUAUCACCUCCGACCGGCUCCUUCCUUCCCAUCAUCUUCGUCGUCGUCCUCGUCACGUUUAGGUACAGAGACGGAGGCAGCGCCAGUAAAAUCCGAUUCGCUCGAGGUAGGCAGCCUGCUUAGCUCGGCGCAGCUGACAUGGAAAACGACAACGUUUGGUGCAUUUGAGCGCCUAGUCGAUGGGGCCAUGCGCUGGCUUGGCCUUCUGCGUAUCGGUCGACGUCACACAAGCGCUGAAGCGUCACACCGUGGCCUCGUCGUACUCAUGCUCGCGUCCAACGAUGUCGUCUCGACCGCAAUCUCCUUUGGCCUCAUCAAAGCGCAACUGCCAGUCUUUCCCAUUGCAGCGGCUGAGCUGACGACAGACAUCGUAGUGAAGAUGCUGGACAAUGCACGCAUCGGACUGAGAGUCGUCGAAGACGAGAGAGACGAGGCCGAAGGUCAAAAAGAACGAGUCGUGGCCGUGCUGUACAGUGCAAUGUACACGAAGCAGGCCAAUGCGCUUCGGGAGAGGUGGUAUGCCGACAAGAUCACGUUUCAGCCUCUCUUGUCCUUCAAAGAGCUCGAAAAGGAGUCGCAGCAGGAUUCGACAGCUCCCCUUUCCCAAAUCAAGAAAGAAGAUGUCGAUGUCGAUUCGACCUGUUUGUUGCUCCACUCCAGCGGGAGCGACAGGAGCGUGCCCGUCGUCUGUCGAUAUACGCACAGAACCAUCGUGGGCGCAGCCAAGAUGACACGCGACGAAGAAUACACCUGGCUUCCCAACAGCUGUGGCGAGACAAUCCUCGUCGAUGCACCUCUACACACAGUGCUCGGGUGGACGAUGGGACCUCUUGCCGCGCUGUCGGGAGGCCGAGUGCCUGCAUACAUCCCUACCGGCCCAACGCCACGGUCCAAGGUGGUCGUCGACCUCGCCCAAUCCUGCCAUGCUAGCCAAGCACUUUUGACCACGAAGCAGCUCGAAGAGCUUCAUCGCAAGCCGGAAUCGGUCAGGAUCUUGGCAUCACUACGCUGCGUGUGGUAUUCUGGUGCCAAGCUCGCUUUGGGGGCCAAGAUGCGCCUCGAGCAGGCCGGCGUGAGGCUCCUCUCCAUGUACUACGUCACAGAGGCAGGUCCAUUGGGUAUGACGCACCAGACGCCAAAGCCAGGCACCGAGCCCUGCUCGGGCGAAUGGAUCACGCUGAGGAGCGACCUCGAAUUCUUUCUCGACUCCGUGGGAAAGGACGCAGAGGGGAAGAAACUGCACGAGAUUGUCGUCCUGGACACGCCUGGCAUGAAGCUCAAUAUUGACGAUCGCUUCGGCGUCUUUCGGACGGGAGAUCUAUGCGAAAUCAUGCCGUCGUCUUGCAAAGAAGAAGAUGAACAACAGCCUCUCCUCACCGUCAAGAUUCGAGGCAAAAAAGAGGGACUGCUGAUCCUCACAACGGGCGAGUCGAUUCAGUGCGCACCAUUUGAGCAUUGCGUCGAGCGGCAUCCGCUGGUCAAGCACUGUAUCUUGUUCGGACACCUGCGAGAGCUCGUAGGAGUGCUAAUCGAGCUGGAGUCGAGCGCCGACGGAAGAGACGAAGAUGUGAUGCAGAGCCUCUACCCCACGAUUGACGCACUCAACAACGUCAUGCCCACGUACGCCCGGGUAUUCUUCCCCGACAUGAUUGUCCUAACCGAUUCCUCCCGGCCUCUCCCGCUCACACCGAGAGGAAGCGUCUGCCGGAGCGAUGCGCUGGACCUCUACCAGGCCGAAAUUCGCAACGUGUACGGGACCGUCUUGGGGGCCGCCACUGCCAAUGCGCGCAUGGUCGACGGGACUGUCAACGGUGGAACAGCGGCAGGAGGUCACGAGGCGACACCGUUAGCUGCGUUGAGCCACACCGAGAUCAUGCGCUUUGUUUGCGAGACCGUUCUGGCCUACAUAGAGCCAAAGUCAUGCCUCUCGCCGAAUAUGUCGCUGCUUGAGCUGGGGUUGGAUUCUCUGCGCGCCUCGCUGAUCCGCGCAGCGCUCGUUAAAGGACUGGAGCACGCACUCGAGGCUGGCUUGGGAGGGCCACAGAGGUCGAUUUUCGAGCCCUCAAACCUGCCGUCGAGCUUCUGCUUCGAACAUCCGACGAUUGCGGGCCUCAGCACAGCCCUGGAGAGAUUCACGUUUGACGACGCUGGACAUGCGAGGGAGCAGGUGGCCCUCAUGAAACGAUGGGUCUCAAUGUACUCGCUCCGUGAGGUGAAGACGCCACUGAACGCUACCCGUUUGCAACAAGGCAAACCUACAAAGGGACUGAGGUCCAAUUCGCCUCUAGCCCAUGAUUCGUUUCUCAAGCUCAGCAUUGGCGGCACCAAGUUCGUCGGCGGGGCCAAGUCGCAGCAGGGAGGGAGCCGCCUCUCGACUGCUUCGAGCUUUCUCUUUGGUAGAAAGAGCAAAGCGACGGUGGUGACGACCGACGACGCGCUUACGGCCAGCGACACCAACAAGAGGCGAUCAUCGCUCUUCUCCAACGCGCAGGACCUGCUAUUCGCAAGCAAGAAGCGUGGAAGCAUCGAUGUGCUGUCUGAUGCAAAUAUCGAGACUUUGUCGUCUGGGAGCAAGGCUGGCCAGCGGCCAGCAGGGGCAGCAGGCACAGUGUUCGACAGAGUGUCGAGUAAGCUCGCCAGCGCAGCAACACUGCGCCGAAAAAGGCGAGCAAGCCGGGUCCUCCUCUUUGGAGGUUCGACAGGCGCGCUGGGGUGCGCCUUGGUCGAGACGCUCGUGCCGAGGUCGGACGUGUCCCGAGUUUGCAUCCUUGUCAGAAGAAAGGCUAAUGGAUGGAACGCUCAGCAGAGGCAAGUGGAGUGCAUGAAGGCCAAGUCUCUCCAUCAUGCGCCCGCGCUCGAUCCCAAGGUCGUCUAUCUCCUGGUCAACGGUCUCGAAGGCGCGUCGAACGAUGAGGAAGACGAGGAUGAAGUCGAGACAUUUGCACGGACAAACAAGGUAGACACCAUCAUUCACGGCGCCUGGAGGGUCAACUUUAGCCAGCCGCUAGCCGAAUUUGAGGGACUCAUUCGAAGCGUAACUAGGAGCAUCAACGUGGCGAGGCGAUGCGGCGCCAAGCUCGUCUUCAUCUCGUCCCUGGCCGCCGUCGCGAGGGCAGGAGAAUUGGAGGAAAGUAGCCUCGGCUACAACGGCGGCGAAGGAGGACCGAUCUCUUCAAAUCAGCCUCUGUACCUUGGAGAAGACGACUUGUGCCCGCUCGAGUGGGCCGCUGGAGGCUAUGGCGCGAGCAAGGCCGUCGCUGAGCGGCUCGUCUCGGGCGCCAUCAGGGCCGAUCCAUCCUUUCGCGGAUUCACGAUCCGACUCGGGCAGCUCAUGGGAGACAGUCGGACAGGCCGGUGGAACGCAAACGAAUGGGUUCCGAUUGUAUUGCGAUCUGCGGCUCACAUCGGAGCUUUCCCGUCACACGAGACCCUGGGUCCCGUUGAUUGGCUGGCCGUGGACCAAGCGGCGGAUAUCGUCGCGACUGUUGCGCUUAGCUCUCGCUUGCCUUCGCCGAGCGAGACAAACGUCGUAAAUGUGGCCCAUCUUCGAAAAAAGCCGUGGAGUGCGGCCGUCCAGGCCUUUUCCAAUCAUCUUCCACGACACGUCAAGAUUGUCACGCUGGACGAGUGGCUGGAGAAGCUCAAACAGGCCAUCGAGGAGGAACGUGAGCGCAUUCAGAGCGAGCAGGUCGCACGGGAUGCGGUGUCGGGGCUGAUGACGAGGGAGGAGGUGGAACGUGCGAUUCGCGCCAAGGUACCUGCCGUGGUCCUCGUCGGUCAGUUUGAGCAACUCGCGGGCCUGGUUCGAGCAACUACGCUCGACAUUGGCGAGGCCGCAAACGGGGUGUCGCUCGACGCGAGUGAAGGGCUGGGACACCGAAACGAGGGAGCGACACCAGGCCUGGCUGAGGGUAAGCUGGAGAGAGCGCGAGCUUUCGACUCUGACUUGGCGAAGCUCUUUCUCUCGAGACUCGCGCCCUCGCCUUGAGUAGGUGCGCUGAUGCUGCAGCUGCUGGUACCAUU